AUUGGCAUUUAUUCUUUUUCCAUUUUCCUUUAUAAAUUGGAAAAUCAACCUUGGGACCCACACAGUGGGGAAUCAAUUAUCUCAAAUUAACCUUGAGCUCAGCUUAGCUCCCACAAAAGCAGUAUAAAUAACGGCUUCAAGCAACAGUCACUCCGAAAGCCUCCUUUUUCGAUUAGGGUUCCGAUUCUAAUCGCCUGAAUACCUAAUCGGAAAAGGAAGCAAAGCAUGGUCGAAUCUAAUCUCCGAAACCCUCUCGCUCUGAAUCCGAUCAAAUUCGUGUGCAGCUACGGCGGCCGCAUCCUCCCCCGGUACCCCGACGCCAAGCUCCGUUACCACGGCGGCGAAACCCGCGUCCUCUCCGUCGACCGCUCCAUUUCAUUCUCCGAGCUGGUUGUGAAGCUGGCCGAGAUGUGUGGCGCCUCCGUGAAUCUGAGGUGCCAAUUGCCUACGGAGGACCUGGACGCGCUCGUGUCGGUCACGUCCGACGAGGAUCUGGCGAAUCUGAUCGAGGAGUACCACCGCGCCUCGGCGCCGCCGAAGAUCAGGGCAUUCCUCUCCGCCCGGAAAUCGCCAUCGCCGCCGUCCUCCGCCUCGUCCUCCUCCUCCAGCAGCAGCGGCUCGGAGUCGCCCAAAUCGCUGCUCCGCUCCGGCCGGUGCGUCUGCCACGCUUCGAGGCCGCCGGUGCACCCUAACGCCGGCGAGAAGGCCGCCGGGAAAGUUCCCAUUAAGUAUGGUUACCAAUUUCAGUACCACCGGCACGGCCAUGGCAGCGGCGGCCGCCGCCCUGUUUAUGUGAUCCACAACGGCGGCCACUGGCAAUAGCAGGAAAUAACUGCGGUGAAAAGUGGAUUUGGGGAUGGAUUAUAUAUUUUUGGGGAAAUACAGAAAUACACAACAUUGAUAAUAUCUUAUAGUACAUCUUAUACUUAUGGACAAAAGAAAAAAGAAGACAAUUUUGAGGAAGAAAGAUAUAUAUAUUAUAUUUAAUAAUUAUAUAUAUACACAUAUGUAAAAAUAUGCUCUUUAAGAUGCUUCUGGAACUCUGUAUAUAUAUGAUUAAGAAUGAAUACAUUUUUAUUUCAUCCAUACAAAAUUAAUGAAAUGGUUGAGUAUGCUCAAAUGUGACUGUCAUGAAUUGUGAUUGGUGAGCCUUCAAUUUUAUUUUAUUUUUCUCCCCCUUCUUUUAUAUAUAGUGAUCAUAUUAUUUUUAUGGCCCUAAGCAUAAGGGCAAACAAUAUCAUGAGCAAUAGUCUUCCAAUUUUGGGUGUACAUUGGUAUUUCUUAUUUUAUUUUUAUUUAUAUAUAUGUAACAGAUAAUCGAGCAGUACCUUCUGUUGUA